UCUGUCCAAUCGCUGACUUUGGAGGUUUUCUUGAGCCGCAAAAAUAAGGAAAAACAGAAAAAUCUCCCAUCGCUUUUACAGUUUUAUAUUUUAGUCAGCGUUUUGUGAAAAAUCUGUUGGUCGCUCACUAAUUAUUGCGAAAGCGUUCAUCAAUACGUUUGGUAAAGUGUUCGUGUUAGUGUUGCUUUUUCUAAGGCGUUUUUCGUGUUUGCAGAGGAGAAGCUAACACUAUGUGACCAGCUAAUACUCGUUAGGCUAACUGAGUCGCCCCUGACGUUACUGUAUCCACAGCAAUAACAACGUUAAAGUUAGUUCACAUGAGUCAAAGUAAGUUUCACCGAUGGAGAUCACUCCCAAAGCAGACAAAUUAAAAUCAGUGUAUUGUUCACCGUGUAAUUCAGUGGAGUCAAGCCCCUGUGAAUAUAAAGAGGAAAAGCAUCAACAAAAGCUAAGUUCCUCAUUAAAGGAGAGGCUGAAGAGAUCAAGGCGCUCCUUCACCUCGCCCUUCUCUGUGGCCAAACGCCUUUGUGUUGAUGAUGAAGAAGAGGAGGAGGAGGAGGAUGGCCAACAAGUUUCAGCAGAUUCCCGGGAGAGAGUUAAUAACCCUCCACUGAUCAUGCCUAAAGUUGAUGUAAACAGAAAUGAAGCCCGAUCAGGGAGUAAAAGGUUUUCUGGACCCAUUCCUGAACCAACACAUCCUCCUUCAAAAGACUUUGCACAACAACGAGACCAACUGAGGAAGGAGGUGAAAGACAAGAUGGAGACUCUGCGCAGACUCAGGCUGGUUCAAAUGUACAGAAGCAAGAAUGAUUUAACACAGCUCCAAACCUUGAUUGACAAGUGGCGGAGUUGUGCUCAGGCUGCACUGUAUGAGCUCCAAUCAGAUGUCCCCAUAGAAGGAGGAAAGGCCAGCCUGUCAGGGCUUAUUGACCUCUUUGGUCUGGAUGAUGGUAUUCUGCACUUUGACCGCACAGAGGAGGACUUCACUGCCUAAUAAAUAUGCUUUAAAACAGACACAUCAUUUGUAUCAUUAGCAUACAAACAUACUCAGAGGAACAAUCACAUUUCAAAUAUCCUGAGUUUAAAAAAAUGUUUUAUUUGUUGCUGAUAUACCAUUUUUAUUCACAACUUAAGUUGUAAAUUGCAUGUUAAAUUUACUUGCUAAGAGAAGUGUAAAUAAAAUUGUGUUAUUUGUUGAA